AUGUUUUUUUAUCGUGGUAAACCAUUAACUUCGAGAGCGAGUAGUGAAACGUCGUUUUCGUCAGAUAAUUCGUUUUUAUCCAACCGGAAUGCCACAUCCGCUGGUAUUUUACGGCAGUUAUCUGUUAAUGAACUUGAUGAAAUUAAUUCAACAGGUUUCAAUCAAGAAUAUCCCGUACAACGAGAAUUAUUUGACACUUCACGGCCAUUGUUUACCAUACCGCGUCCGACAAUCUAUCUUCCGAUGAACAAUUCCGAACGAUCACGACGAUUUUCUCGAACAUCAACUCCUUCCACAAUAACACAUUCUUCCGAACGAGCGUUUUAUCAAAACUUACCACCACCUCCUCCGCCUCUUCCAUCGUUACCAUCGCUUUCUACUCAAUACCCGAUCGAUUCUCAGCUUCUGUUUCCUCCACGUGCCCAACGAUACGUGCCAUUGCCCAUGAAUUAUCCGAUCAAAAAGCGAAAAAAGUCCGCACGUGAAAAACCACCAGGUCUGUUCACCACUCUCUUUGCCGGUGGUCUAAGCACUCUCGCAGCAUUGAUCUAUCUAAUCGUAAGUCUCGCUCUACCUGCCGCCAAACUCACUUUCGGUAUUCUCUACUUAAACGAAUGUCCUGUAAAUAAAAACAUUCCGCUAUACAUGAUUACUGCAGGUGCUUGCGGGUUGACUAUCGUCAUUCUAAUCGUUCUCUCAUCCGCAUGUACGCUUUGUCGAACGAUGUCCGAUGCCAGAAGAUCAAUACAUGGUUUUAUGAUAUGUACAAUAGCAUUGGUUCGUGGCAUGCAAGGCGUUCUGACAAUCUUUCUCAUCAUUUGGUUUUUCUUCGGAAAUUUUUGGGUGUUCAGUGUUCGUUAUCGUGUUCAAACGGAAAGGCCCAAUGAUGCGAACAAUUAUUGUCAUCCUACACUUUACUGGUUUGCAUAUUGGAUUCUGAUUUUUACGUACAUUUAUGCCGUGUUUACUUAUUGUUUGAAAUUUUGCAUUAACUUUUUUUGUUGCGGUGCAUUUGACUCGUGGUAUAGAGCAUUUUCAUAA